CACCAGCAUUCCGCACUCGGCACGAGGGCGAAGCGCACGCCCGACUCCUCGAUUACCGCGAUCGACGCGCCGCGCGCCCGCGGCUAGUUCAACCGCCAUGUUUGACGUUUUCGGCUCUGUGAAGGGCCUUCUCAAGCUCGACUCGGUGUGCAUCGACAACAAUGUGUUCCGUCUGCACUACAAGGCCACCGUGAUCAUCCUAAUCGCUUUCUCGCUGCUCGUCACGUCGCGGCAGUACAUCGGGGACCCCAUCGACUGCAUCGUCGAUGAAAUCCCGUAUGCCGUCAUGGACACCUACUGCUGGAUCUACUCGACGUUCACGAUUCCGAACCGACUGGUCGGGCGCGUGGGCAAGGAUUUCGCACAGCCCGGCGUCGCGUCUCACGUCGAUGGACAGGACGAGAUGAAAUAUCACAAAUAUUACCAGUGGGUGUGUUUUGUGUUGUUCUUUCAAGCCAUUCUGUUUUAUGUGCCCCGUUAUCUGUGGAAGACAUGGGAAGGAGGACGCGUAAAAAUGCUCGUGCUGGAUUUGAAUUGUCCGGUAGUCGGCGAGGAUUGCAAAGCUGAUCGAAAGAAAUUGCUAGUCGACUAUUUUUUUACGAACUUACACACACAAAAUUUUUACGCCUUCCGCUUCUUUAUUUGUGAAGUAUUGAAUUUUAUAAAUGUGGUAGGACAAAUAUACUUUAUGGACUUUUUCUUGGACGGAGAGUUCUCGACGUACGGCCGAGAUGUCGUACGCUUUACGGAGAUGGAACCUGAAGAGAGAGAGGACCCGAUGGCGCGAGUGUUUCCUAAAGUGACGAAAUGCACCUUCCACAAAUACGGUCCAUCGGGAACCGUGCAGAAGUUCGACGGGUUGUGCGUCCUGCCGCUGAACAUCGUCAACGAAAAGAUCUACGUGUUCCUGUGGUUCUGGUUCAUCAUCUUGUCGAUUCUCAGCGGCAUCUCGUUGAUCUACCGCGCGGCCGUGGUGGCGGGCCCGCGGGUGCGCCUGUACCUGCUGCGGGCGCGCAGCCGGCUCGCCCCGCAGGAGCAAGUCGAGACCGUCGCUCGCAAGCUGCAGAUAGGAGACUGGUUCGUGCUGUACCAGCUCGGCAAGAACAUCGACCCGCUGAUCUACAAGGAGCUGAUGGGCGACCUGGCGAAGAAGUUCGAAGGCAAGGACACAGUGUAGCCGCGUCGCGGCAGUGCGGAGACGUGCUCGCGGCGGGCUACCUGCCCGUCCGCACAAAGAGCGCCGGGAGCGGCCGCGCGCCGACAUUCCAUUACCCACAGCCGACGCGGGGAACGACCUCCGUCGGACCAGUCAUUGUAUUCCAGAACCGCUUUAACUCUUUUAUAUUACUGAUAUGAAACUAUGUUAGUUGGUACCUUCUCCCGGGCGACUUCGACUGAUGCGUGCCGACGUGCGCGUGCAUUUAGACUAAAUUUUUUAGAGCAUGUUUACGUUAGUCGUAGAUGAAAUAGACAGAUCUCGUGCCUUCGUUUUGUAUUUUGUAUUAUUGUUUGUGUGCGAGUGAACAGCGUUGAAGGGACGUCUCAUUGUGAUAUGUAAUUAUUAUUAUAUCUAAAUUAAGUGUUUAUCGUGUACGAGAUUGAUCGAGUGAGCGACGGCUGGCUUAUUUCUAAGUUUUAGAUAGUUAUCUAAUGAUAUCUGUGUUAUCGAAUGUUAUACUCGAUACGAUAUUGUAUAAAGCAAUAAUGAACUAUUAGUGUUAAGAGAUCAGUUAUAGAACUUUGUUAUCGAUGAUACUGUAAUUUUUUACUAAGUUAUCGAUACACUUGUCUAUACAUUUUAUACUGACGAAAACGAGUCGAUUAAGAUAAUGGUUGAUAUUUUCUGAAUAUAUUUACUGCCACAUAU